AAGGUCAAUGUUCAGUAAAGCCACCUUUUCAUCUCCAUGCAGGAAGGUCCUUUGGUUGUCCCAAUGUUUUUUAUUUGUAAAGAUUCCUCUAAUUCAUAAUGGUGAAUGAUUUAAUCUUCAAGCCAUUCUCCAGACUUCACUUUGAAACAGUAAACCACUCUAGUCUGCCAAAAAGAUCAUUAUCCUUCAAAAUCCUUACUGCUGCUUUUCCUAAUAUUAGUAUGACAAUUUUAGCCACUCUACAUUGCAAAUAUUGUCUUAAAUUCAACCAUGAUUCGGAAUCCAAAUCUCGAAAACUUUGUUUGCUGUGCAGUAUGUAAUAAAAUAAUACCACCACCACCUACUGGAGAAGCUUUUGAACAGAUCCAAGAAUACAAACCAUUUAAGACAAGGUUUUAUACUCACAAGGAUAUACUAGAUAUUGGAAUUCAGAUUCAUCAAAAUGAAGACAAAAUCCAUUUUGAUAAACUGGACGCACUUCUUAAAGCAGCACAGGAUGAAGUAUGGGAAAAGGUUGAAGCUAUAACAGAUGAGGCAGUGAAAAAAGCUGUCAAGAAAAUCCAUGAUAAACACCUGCAGGAAAUAAAAGAGUUAAAGGAAGAACAUGAAGAUGAAAUCAAGGAAAUAGUGGAACUCACUAAGCAAGAGACAAAAGAGUUAAUGGAAGAGGAAAUGAAGAGAGAAAACAGGGCUGCUGAACAGCGCAUGGUCCAUAGAAUCCAGAAGAUCCUGAGAGAGUGCCAUCAGGAAAAGAUGGAGGCAAUAGAACAAGUCAGAGCUGAAGAACAACAAAUAGCUAUUGAACUGGUGAACAAGCAGAUAAGGAAGAAUGAGAAGAAAAUUUUGGAAGCUGGUAUUGUUUCUAAGAGGAAUCUUGAAAAAAAUGUACAAGAAAUCACCAAAGCCACAGAAUACCAGAUGAAUGCUACUUUUAAGGUCACCCAAAAAAGGAAGCAGGAAGAAGCUGCUGAAGCGCUGAAGGAGGUAGAGGAACAACACAAAGCUGCCAUAGAGGAUGUUUCCAAUAAGCUGAACCUCGCGGAAGACAAGCUGCAGGAGAAGUGCAACCAUCUGGAGAACAUGACCCGCUGGAAGGACUUCCUGGAAGAGGAGCUGCUGGAAACCCGGGAGGCAUUCCAGAAAUACAUCAAUUGUACCUUUCCUAUGCUUGCACCAGGGCAAGCAGAUUUUAUUCUACCACUAAGAAAGAAACCACCCAGUGAUUUAGAAGAAUACAUUGAAGCCCAUCGUGAAAUAGUUUCCAGUUAAGAUUGUCCUAAAAAGCAGAUUGUUAUUCUGGUCAUCAAAUAAAUUCAUUCAGUGAGC